CCUCCGGGAACCCGCCAGCAUGGUCGCAUACCCAUGAAUUUAAGGCGCCUCAUGACCGUGUAGUCUCCUCUGCUUUCAGGAUGCCACUGCUUAGCUACAGCAUAAAAGCUGCUGAUUUCACUUGCGCAAAAAUUACCUAGGACUUUGGGGAUCGUGUAAUCAGCCUUUAGCUCUGAAGGAGAAAUCAUCUACCUGGAGAUAUUUAUUUAAAAUAUUCACAGACCACCUACUUAAGGAAAUUUAAUUUUCUCAAAGCUCCAGCCUAACUAAAGCCCUCCAUAUAUAGUGUCCUGGGUGCUGACAGAGGAGUCUGCUGGAUUCAUCAGUCAGGCUGUUGGUGGGGCAGAAAUCACAAGUCUUAUGCAGGAAAAGGUAGACAGAUGAUGAAUCACUUCAUGAUUCUGGCAGUACUGCUCUCCCUGAGGACGUGCCACACUACAUACUCACAGCAAGAGUCUGAUGUGUUUCCAGUAACGUACCUUAAUGUUUCCAAGGAUUUGGAUCUUCAGCGGCUGCUGGUGGAAUGGGAUGUUGUCAAGUCAGCGCAUGAUGCUGAGCUGGCAAUAUCUUUUGAGAUACAAGUUCGUCGAACCAAUGAAGUUGUGUGGACAGAGUUUCGGGAUGUCACACUUGAUAAACUGGGAAAGCCUCUUCAUUGGACAUGGGAUUCAAACAUACCUUUGGAGUGUAUGUCACAUGCUGUGAGGAUCAGAAGCAAGGCAGAAACAUCAAAAAUCUGGAGUCAGUGGAGUUUGUGGGAGACUCUCCCAGGCCUGGACACUUCAAACAGAAGUGGGCCACAAAUCUUUCCAAAUGAAAAAGUUUUAGCAGAAGGCUCUAAUAUCACUCUUUGCUGCAUUGGAGGAAAAGGUCAAACCAUUAAGGAAUUCUCUGUAUACCCAACUGUUGAUGUUGUCAAGCGCACAAAGAGUCAAGUCAGACUUCUCACUGUGGGAAAUCUGUCACAUGACAAAGGGUCUAAUAUUCAUGUCUACUGCUCUGAUGAGGAUAAGGGGUCACAUGAAGCAGCUUUCUAUGUGGGUAAACCACCUGAUACACCUAAGGAUUUUUCCUGCCAAACCCAAGACAUGAAAAGAGUAACAUGUACUUGGAGAAAAGAAGAGACCUAUCUCUAUGGAAGGAAUUCACCACAAUACACCUUGUCUAAAACGUCAUCCCAGAAAAUGGCUCUGUGCGAAGCAAGUUGUCCUGAGCAGUGCUCAUGCUCUUGGGAUAUAGGCCAGCAGCGGAUCUGGAAUGUCACAGUGACUGUGGAAAACCCACUGGGAAAGAAAUCUGCCACUGAUGCUUUUGAUGUAAAACACAGAGUGUAUCCCACUGCACCUUUCCAGGUUUGGGAAGAUUGCAGAGAUACAGAAAUGACAUUACACUGGAAUUACAAAAACACUGAAAUUGAACUCUUUUGUCAGACUGAAGUGGUCCAACCUGAUGGCAAAGUAGAACUGCACAACAGCUCCGUGGCGGACUCUCGGCGCGUCACGGUGCGCGGGCUGCGGCCGCACACGGAGUACACGGCCAGGGUGCGCUGCGCGGCGGCCAGGCACUUCUGGAGGUGGAGUGAGUGGAGCCAACCCCUGACCACCAGAACAAAGGAAGGAACUCCAUCAGGGAAACUGGACAUAUGGAGAGAAAUUACACCAGUUUUUGGGGGACGAAAUGUGACCUUGUUCUGGAAGCAAACACCAAGUUUUCAAGCAAAUGGAAAAAUUAUUUCAUAUGAAGUGACCUGGGAAAAAAUAGAAGAUGGCUCCCAGCCUGAAAGCAUCUCUUUUUCUUCAGUCUACAAUAGCACAAGGAUUUUCCUUGAUAACCAUUCCUACAGAAUCAGUGUCAUGGCAAAGAACAAUGUUAAUUUUUCACUUCCUUCAAUAUUGAUCAUCUCUAGAGCUACAGAUAACAGCACUGAAGAGCUGAAGGAAGGACAGGUUAAUGGUACAGAUGAUGGCAUUUUUCUGUCCUGGGAGCCCAGAAGUAUAUAUGACAGUUACAUUAUUGAUUGGUGUAACUUUCCCAGGUUGCAGCCUUGUGAUUUGCAGUGGAAGAGGUUUGGACCCAACAUUUCCAGUGCUGUGAUCAGCUCAGCUGCUUUUGUGCCGGGGGUGAGAUAUAAAUUCCACAUCUAUGGAUCUGUUGCUAGUAGAGCCUCAUUACUGGAAAAGAAGAUUGGUUAUCUUAAGGAGCUGCCUCCUCAUCUUGACCCUAUUGUGAGAAAAGUUGAUCUGACUUACAAUUCAGUAACACUGUCUUGGGAUUCUUAUCUCACAAAUGAGUCAGAGCCUGGUUUUGUAAGAGGCUACCAUGUUUAUGUGUCACCGAUACAAGGGAACUGCAAUUUGAAAGGAUCGAAAAAGCACAUUCUUUCAGAUGAAUCAGAACUAUGUAAAUACACAAUUGAAAACCCAGAAGAAAGGAGAUACACCGUGAAACACCUGAUGCCAAACACAAAAUACAAAAUAGUGGUUAAAGCAUUUACAGGUGGAGGAGAGUCUCCCAUUGUUAACUUUAGAUACAUAGAUACACCAUAUAACUCAAACAUGCUGUACUUUAUAUUCCUGCUAGUGAUAGUUCCAACGCUAGUAGCAGCUAUUUGCCACUGGAAGAUGAAGUGGGUGAAGGAGUGGUGCUGUCCUGUGAUACCUAGUCCUAACAAGAGCAAAGUGCUGUCAUUCAAAGAGUUUAAGAUGGAUUCUGAGAAAGUGCUGAAGAUAAAUGACUGCCUUCCUGACAUGCUAGCCGUGGACAGUAAUGCUGAUGCUCAUAAGUUGCAUCCUGUUACCUGGAGCCCGGUAUCUUCAACACCAACUGAAGAUAACACUGAUGGUCACAAUUCUUCGUGGAUUUACUCUAGUGAAAAUGUAGCAAGGGACUUUCCACCCACAGCUACACCUCAAACUCAUACUUGUUUUGAGAAUUUUGCUUAUUCUUCUCCACUUGAGGCUGAAUCUGAUCCCUACCAAAUACCAGAGACACUGGAAGCAGGCAAGAUAAACCAGGCAGUGGUGCUGUACCAACCACAAUGCUACAUAGAUAUUUUUCAUGAGGAUGCAGCCUCAGCCACCAGAGAAACAGGUGAGAGAAAGAACAGUCUGAAAUACAUCUCCCAAACAGAUGUGUGCUGGCUGGGGGGAAGGCUUUGAUGUUCUGUCCUCCAGUGAGUCCAUCCAGUGUUCGGCUACACACUAUAAAUCAGAAUUUCUAAAGCCACAGCUUCCUGUGAUUAGGGCUCUCACAAGCCCACAUACCUGACUUCCAUUAAUAGCAAAGGCAAAGCUGUUGUUCCUGGACCAGUUUUGAGCACUGAUUUGCACAGGAGUUGUGUGUGUUAUGGUUCCGUUGCAACUUAUGGGCAUUAGAUGAGAUUUAUAGGCUGGUUUGUGGCUUGUGUUAUGCAGCACGUUACAUCACAGCAAUCUGUCACAGGCUGAUGCAGAGAACUGCUUUAUUUUGCAGAGAUUAAAUUAUUCAUAAAGUAGAGGAGCAAAUGAAACAAGGGGGAAGGUUGUGCUGCUCAAGGAGUGUAUUUCUCUUGCAGUGUUCUGUGUACUCUGGCCACCCCAGCCAGUGGGGACUGCUGGGCAUGGAGCAUUACCCAGUCAUUUUGGGGGCUGGGCUGUAUUUUCUGUCUCUCCAACAAUGUAAGGAAUCAUUGUAGAAGCAUUACCUGCACACAGU